AGGAAGAGAAGAACGACUUAGAAUUAUAGGCCUUUUCCUCUUCCUCGCUUAUUCUCCUCGUGGUUGAGUUCCAGAAACUCCCUAAUUGCCUCCUGUACUACGUACAAACACCUGCUUUGGACACAGAGGAGAGAGAGAGAACCGAAGAGAUGAUGAGGAAGCAGAGUGUGAUAGUGCCGGAAGAGUUAGCAGUCACGACGGUGAUGGCAGUAGUGGCGGACCCAGCAGCACAUCGCUCCGCCUUGCUGCAGCCUCGCUCCUCCGCGCUCGGCGUUCGUUGCGCCAGGUACAAGAGGUUCCUGAGCCAGCUCGACAUGGGCAGCGGCGGCGGGGGUGGCGCGAGGAUCAGUGCGUGGGUCGACUCCAUGCGGGCAUCCUCUCCUACUCAUGUCAAGGCGGCCGCCAUGCUCUCGGCCUCCUUCGCCGCCUCCCACGACGAAGACUACAACAACAGGGUGAAACAGCAUCCUUCGGCGUUGAGCGUCUUCGAAGACAUCGUCGCAGCAUCGAAGGGGAAGCAGAUCGUGGUGUUCCUCGACUACGACGGGACACUGUCUCCGAUCGUGGACGACCCCGACCGUGCCUUCAUAUCCAACGCAAUGAAGGAGACGGUAAGGGACGUAGCAAGGCAUUUCCCAACUGCGAUUGUGAGUGGAAGACGCAGAGACAAGGUGUUCAGCUUCGUACGAUUAAGGGAGCUGUACUAUGCUGGAAGCCACGGCAUGGACAUCAAAGGCCCGACUAAGAGAACCAAACAUACAAAAGCCAAGACGAAAGCUGUUCUGUUUCAGCCAGCCACUGAGUUCCUCCCCAUGAUAGAUGAGGUCUACAAGGCAUUAAUGGAGAAAACAAAGCUCAUCCAGGGAUCCAGAGUAGAGAACAACAUAUUCACCUUAUCGGUUCACUUUCGAUGUGUCGAUGAAAAGAUAUGGAGCUCAUUAGCUGAGCUUGUAAGGUCAGUGCUCAAGGACUAUCCCAAGCUCCGCCUCACCAUGGGAAGGAAGGUGUUGGAGAUCCGGCCUAGUAUCAAGUGGGACAAGGGGAAGGCUCUCGAGUUCAUGUUGGAGUCUCUUGGAUUGGCAGACUCUGGCAAUGUGUUCCCUGUGUACAUAGGAGAUGAUCGCACCGAUGAAGAUGCCUUCAAGGUUUUGCAUGGUAGAAGGCAGGGUUUGGGAAUACUUGUAUCGGAGGUCAUCAGGGAAACAAGUGCACGUUGCUCUCUCAGGCAACCUGCGGAGGUUCAGAAAUUCUUGCGUCGACUCGUGGAGUGGAAGCGAAGCGCCUCCCUUCCUCGAAGAACUGAAGCAAGGAAGAAGUGAGAUGAGACUGAAGCCCUCUACCCCAUGAAAGCUUUGAGCGUAGUACUGCAUCAUCCUCUGAGAAUGAUGUCAAGAAGACAUCUAAAACUGGUCUUCUUGCGAAGGAUUGUAAUUACUG